CUGGGCCUCAGUCGUGCGUUCCACAGAGGGGCGGGGCAUGUGCGUUCCGGAGAGAGGACUGAAAUCUAUAAGGGCGGAAGUGGUGCAAGGCGAGGGGUGAUCAGGGAAGAUUGUGGUGACAGGUAGUCGGGAGCGCCUAGGGGGUCACAACAUGUCCGAACAGUCAGUCCUCCUGCUCAGGAAGCAGCUCGCAGAACUGAACAAGAAUCCUGUUGAGGGAUUUUCUGCUGGGCUGAUAGAUGACGAUGAUAUCUACAAAUGGGAGGUGCUACUUAUUGGCCCACAGGACACUUUAUUUGAGGGCGGCUUUUUUAAGGUGCAUCUUACAUUUCCAGUUGACUAUCCACUGAGACCUCCUAAAAUGAAAUUUAUAACUGAAAUCUGGCAUCCUAACGUUGCAAAGAAUGGUGAUGUUUGUAUAUCCAUUCUUCAUGAGCCCGGAGAAGAUAAAUUUGGCUAUGAGAAACCUGAAGAACGCUGGCUACCCAUUCACACUGUGGAGACCAUAAUGAUCAGUGUUAUUUCUAUGCUUGCCGACCCAAACAGUGAUUCUCCAGCCAAUGUAGAUGCAGCAAAAGAAUGGAGGGAAGAUCCAAAUGGUGAAUUUAAAAGAAAAGUUGCUCGCUGUGUUAGGAAAAGUCAAGAAAUGGCUUUUGAAUGAACUAUGGACUUGGCCAUCUGAAGAGCAAUAUCAUUCGCAGGCAGAAGCAGAAUUCAGCCGGGUGUGUGGCGAUUCACUGACCUCUGUUUUACCCUCAGUGGGCAGUUUACUUACUGGUUUAUUUUAUAAAUUAUAUAUGAUAGACUUCACAUUUUUAACUGCAAACCUGCAGAUUGAUCUUCAAUCCCACCAGGAGUUCCUUAUUUAUUCAAAUAUAUAUUUUUGCAUAUGUCUCUUUAUUAUUUUCUUCAAUAAAGCUGAAGUGGCUUCCUUUACAGCACUAGUCUUUGCAUUGUGAAAGGUCUUGGAGUGAAACGGCGACAAUGUUUCACAUUAAGUUACAGGGAAACCUUGCCUAAACCAUUGGCUUUAAAUGCCUUUUGCCCAUAACAAGUCUUGUAGCCACAGCACAUCACCUGCUUGGCUAGCGUCUGGAAGUUGAGUUUGUCACACACAUUUUGGCUUUUGCUACAGUUUAUGGAUUGCUGGAUGUUGCAACCCUUUAAUAGAACCAGGAAGAUUCAUGGACCACACUUGGACCUCUUGAUAGACUAGAUGCUUUAAAUCUUUUUUUAUAUUAAUCUUAUGCUGUAUAAUGUCCCUUUGUGUAAUUUGUUUUUCUUGUUUUGUGAAACAACUAUUUGGUUACAGAAUUAAACUAUUUUUGAGAU